GGGUGUCCGCGGGGUCUUAAAAAGUCUAAAAAAGUCUAAAAUUACACAUUUUCAAUUUAAGGCCUAAAAAAGUCUAAAAUAUAGAGAUAUUUCGCAGUGUAAGUCUAAAAUUGGGUUUGAGUAAUUUAAGACCUACGUUUCAAUGCAAAAUAUCGACAAAGGAUUAUUUUUUUUGUUUGUUUUGUUUUUACGUCCUUUUCCACGCCGUUCUGUUUUUUUCUUUUUCUGUUAUGGUGGCAGUUAUGGUCCGUGUAGUUCUACAUGACAUGUGCUGUUAGUGGAACGUACAAUAAUAAAACUACAGAUGUGAAACGGAAAUGUACUGUCGUCACAGGAUGCAGCAGCAAGUAUUUUGAUUCUCUGUGUGCGAGCAAGGCGGGAAUAGUUACGAAGUAGGAUAACGUCCGAAUGGCAGGAGAAAGUUAAAAAAAAGGAUGGGUAAAUGUAAAUUCAACGACAAUUGGCUCUCAAUAGGGCAAUUUGCAGACUGGCUGAAACGCGUUCCCGCUGAUGACAGUGAGGCAUACUGCACGUUUUGCAAAAGAACUCUUAAACUCGGGACCCUGGGCAUCAAGGCACUGGAGUCUCACACAAAAUCCAGCAAACACCAGGAGUCGGCAAAUGCAGCACGCAAUUCCCAUGGAAUUGCCCUUUCUGUUCAGUAGCAAGCAGCACGUAGUCAAUAAAUAAUACGGGUAAUAUUCGUGAUCUAUUGGGCUCCACUGAUACAAUGAAGGCAGAAGUUCUGUGGGCGCUUAACACAGUGGCUAAACACCAGUCAUGCAGAUCCAAUGACGGCAUCGGAGAGCUUUUCCAAGCGAUGUUCCCCGACUCCACAGUUGCCAAAACAUUCCAAUGCGGGAGAGACAAGACGUCGUACAUACUCCGAUUUGGAGUGGCAGAGUUCGUCAAAAAAGAGCUUAUCUCAAAGGUGACCGGGCCCUUCGUCAUUAUGGUUGACGAAAGUCUUAACCACGCAACAAAGAGGAAGCAACUGGACCUUCACGUAAGGUACUGGGAUGACGGCCAGGUACAGUCCCGGUACCUGGGCUCACAAUUUAUGGGCCAUGCCACAGCAAACGACUUGCUGAAGGAGAUCAAAGAAUGUGCGGGCCACCUGGACCUCAGCAAGCUGAUUUCGAUCUCAAUGGAUGGUCCAAAUGUGGACAAGAUCCUCAGGGCCUUGCACACAUUGUUGCAUAAUGUUCCCGCAAGACGAGAGGACUACGAGAAGACCACCAGGUCUACCCGCUUCCCGUUGGCAUGGUGUGGGCACCGAUGGCUGGAAAACCUGCCUGUCGUGAUACGAGCGUUGGAUAUCUGGUCAUCUAUGCUGGUGUACACCAAUGCUGUGAGGAGAAAGGAGCUUCCAAAUCCUGGCACUGGAAGCUUUGCUGUAAUCAAAGAAGCCCAGAAAGAUCCCCUGACUCUACCUAAGCUGCAGUUUUUCAGGAGCAUCGCCCAGCUAUUUGAUCCGUUUUUAAGGAAGUACCAGACUGAGGAGCCGGUGAUGCCUUACCUAGGCAAAGAUCUGGCAGAGUUGAUCAAGAGUCUGAUGCGUCGUUUCGUGAAACGAGAGGUUCUGCAGGACAUCACCACAGCCCAGCUUACCAAACUGGACAUAGGUGACAAGAAUAUCUUGAUGCCGGUGCACUGUGUUGAUAUUGGCUUGGGUGCUGAGGAGGCCCUCAAGAACAGCAAAAGUUCAGACCUCAGGAUUCUUGAAUUUAAAAGGGACUGCAUGCAAGGACUCUCAAGCAUGGUGAAGAAAGUACAGGAGAAGAGUCCUCUUAAGUACAGUACCGUUAGGCAGAUGGAUUGUCUAGACCCCACAGUGAUGAGCAGUGAUCCAGACGGCUGCAAGGCAAAGAUGAAGGGACUUGUGCAGACAUUUCUGCUCAACAGGCAGCUGGCAGGAGGAGUUUGUGCUGGGGACACCAUUCUCCAACAGUUCGAUGCUGCGUUGUCUGUGGAGUGCAGGCAUGAAGAUUUCAUCUCCUUCAAGCCAAUGCAAAAGAGGCUAGAUGUCUUCCUUCAUGGCUUCAUCGGCAAGGCAUACCCAGAUCUUUGGGCGUUUUGCAAGACCCUUUUACUGCUUUCUCAUGGUCAGGCGUCUGUAGAGAGAGGCUUCUCAGUGAACAAAGAGAUCAAGACGGAGAAUAUGCAAGAAGAAACAUUGGUCGCACACAGGCUUGUUUACGACUACGUUGCAAUACAUGGGGGCGUUACCAAGGUUCCACUUACACCUGACCUAAUGAAAUCUGUCAUGGCUGCCAGGUCACGGUACCGUGUGCAUUUGGACGAACAGAGGAAGAAGAAGGAGACAGAGACACAAGGGAAGAAAAGGGCACACGCGGAGGGGCAGUUACAAGACCUGAAAGUCAAGAGGGACAGUCUACAUAAAGUUACUGAGAGCCUGGGCAAAGAGGCAGAUGAGUUGGCAGAGCAAGCAGAGGGCAAGGCUGGGAGCAAAAUGGCACAUCUGAUUUCAAAAUCAAAUGCUCUGAGGAGGGCUGCCAAAGACAAGCUCUCCCAGCUUAAGGUUCUGGGGGAUGAAAUUGCCACCAAAAGUGCAGAGCUUAAAAGCAUGUAAAUAAUGUAAAUAAUAUGUUUGUUUCAUUGACAAUAAAUGUAAAUUGACGGCAA